GCCGGCCCUGUUUUCAAAGUCCAAUUCUCAGAACUCCAGUGAAGGCCGCUACACCCAACACGCGAGGUAUACAUAUACAUAUACACACCGCUACAGCUCUACCGUAUCAGAAUGAACGCAGAAGAGGAUUUCGCUGCGAUCAACUAUUAUUGCAGACGAAAGCUAUACCAUCAUGUCCACGAUUUUUGCACGCAGCGUCUCAAGAGGAGAGUUGGAGACCCAUUGCUGAUAUUCUGGAAGGCUGCGUCGCUGAUAUGGCAAGCGGGACGGGCAUCGGAAGCAAUACGUGGUCUGGAACCCCUCCAGGACAAGAAGGAUCUAACGUUGCCGACGACGAUUGCGCUCAUCGCUGCCCAUGAGCGAUGCAAAUAUAUUGAUCAAGAAGCGAUACAAGAACUAGAAGCCAAACUCGCCAUCUCCAGCGAGUCCGCCACCCCGUCAGCCCAAAGCCUUAUUCUGACGGGAAUGUUCCAUCUUCACAUCGGCAACCUCGCGGAAGCGCGCCGCAACAUCAAAAAGGCGAUCGCAGACAAUCAGGCGCCGUCGGAGGCUCUGUCGCUGAUGGGAUGGAUUGAGGCGGACCCGUCAGGACUAGCGCCUGUCUCGGGAAAGGCGCGGUCUUGGUUUGACCGUGUGCUGGAGAAGCAGCCCAACAACUCUGAUGCAACCCUCGGCCGAAUCCACUUCCUCCGCAAACGCCAACGCGACCUCCCCACCGCCGUCGACCUGAUCUCCACCCUCGUCGUCCAACAUGCCCACUUCGUCCCCGCCUUCAUCGAGCGCAUGUACCUCCUCGUGGAAAGCGAGGAGUGGGACCAGGUUCUGGACGCGUCGAAUCGUGUUAUUAGCUUGGCGCCGGAUAGCUUUGAUGCACGGAUUGUGCUGCUGGUGCAUUAUUUGGCGAGGGAGGGGGAUCUGGAGGCCGGGGCGGCGCAUUUGAGGGACUUGGCUGAGGUUCUGGGAAAAGUGGAACCCACGAACGCACCCCUAUACCACCAAAUCGCACUUUUCCUCCGACGACUCUCGAACAGAACUCCGAGCAUCCUACAAGUAUCCAUGGACCUACUGCAACACGCCAUAAGCCUCGACCCGGGAAACGCCGAAUAUGUUGCCGAGACGGGAUUUGUGUACUUCCAAACAGAUGACUUUCCAAGAGCGAAGGAAGCACUCCAAGCAGCACUCGCGCUCGACCCGCAGAACUGGUCCGCCUUCUUAGGGCAAACCUUUACCCAAGCAGCCACAGGCGACCUCGACACCGCCGAAGAACAGCUCCAAAUGGUUGAAGAGUUCCAACUCGGUGAAGCCGACCCCGGCCGUGUAGCCCUAGUCCACUCCAUGGUCGCCUGGCACAAAUACAAAAAUGCCGCCGAGCGCAUCAAGUGGCUGACUAAAGCGGCUGAGGCGCAUUUGACGUUGGAUUUGGAGGGGGCUUCUACGUUGGAGUAUUAUACUCGGGUGGCCCCAGAACUGGUCCUGGUGACGGCGUCGCAACUGGCCGUGCACUGUCCCUCCACGCCCAAACGGGAAGGCGAAGAAGCCCCCGAGGUCGUGAAACGAAUGCUCGAGAUGCUCGAAAUCCUGUGCCGCAUUGUUCCGGGGAACACAGAUGCGUUGUACUAUAAGGCGAAAGCGCAAUAUUUGUCGGCCGACCAGGCGCAGGCGUUGUCGACCACGACUAGAUGCUUGAAGAUUAAUCCCAUGCACACCGAGGCCUACCUCCUCCUCGCCCAAAUCCACCUCGCCCUGAACCACGACCAGCAGGCGAUGCAAGCCCUGGAGACCGGACUCAGCUACGACUUUAAAGUGCGCGAGGUGCCCCUGUUUCAUGGGUUGAAGGCACGGGCUUUGAAGAUGCAGGGGAGGUAUGAGGAGGCGUUGGAGACGUUGAAGGCGGCGAUGGAGUUGGGGGAGAUGAGGGAGGGGGUUGAAGAAUCGAGAAAAAUCUCAUCAAUCCGCACCCGCACCCACCCCACCACCACCCACGAGCGCAUGACCAUUUACCUCGAACUCGCCGACGCCCACACAAAACUCCACCAACCCCUCCUCGCCACCCGCGUCAUGCAAACCGCCACCCGCCUCUUCAGCCACCCAGACCACCGCGAUCGCCUCACCCUCGCCAACGCCGAAUUCGCCCUCGCGCGCUCCGACCCCGACGCCGCCCUCGCCGUCCUCGCUACCAUCCACCCGGACACACCCUCCUACAUAGCGGCCAAGAAACUGAUGGCGGAGAUUUAUUUGACGCAUAAGCGGGAUAAGAAGGGGUAUGCGAGGUGUUAUUCGGAGCUGGUGGAGCGGAACCCGACUGUGGAGAGUUGUUUGCUGUUGGGGGAUGCGUAUAUGAAUUUGCAGGAGCCGGAGAAGGCGAUUGCAAUAUAUGAGAGUGCGAUGGAUGCGAGUCCGGAGGCGGGGAUUUUGGCGGCGAAGGUGGGGAAGGCGCUUGUUAGGACCCAUAAUUAUCAGAGGGCUAUCAGUUACUAUCAAUCCGGUCUAGCGACCGAUUCACCCCACAACACAACCUUUCGGUACGAUCUUGCCGAGCUGUAUUUCAAGCUGCAGAGACACGAGAAUGCCGACACGCUCUUGGAAGAGGCCAUCGCAAUCGCCGAAUCUGAAGAAAGCCGCGACAACGAAUACAUCGUUCGAACCCUCCUGCUCCUAGCAAAAGUCCGCACCGCCAAGCAGCAGUUCGAGAGCGCCUUGGCCACAUUAGAAAAAGCUCGGGAUUUGCAGAUACAUCUAGCGUCGAAGGAAUCUGUGGUCGCAGAAAACAGGAAUCAACAAGCGAUACUGUCGCAAAUCAAUGUGGAGAUUGCGGAUCUGCUCGCUAACGUGUUGAAAGAUACGGAGCGGGCGAUUGUGCAUUACAAUGAGGCUGUGGAGCAGAAUCCGGGGGAUGAAAAGGCAACAAUCUCCCUCUGCCGCCUCCACCUAACCACAGCCACCCUCCUCCCCGCACAACAGCACUGCGCCAACCUCCUCCGCCUCAACCCCUCCUCCGAGCCCGCCACCAUCCUCAUGGCCGAUAUCAUGGCCCUCAAGAACUCCUACAACGAGAGCAUCGCGUAUUUCCGGCAACUGCUGGAAAAAUCACCCGCGAAUUACGCGGCCCUCGCGCGCCUGAUUGAGACGAUGAGAAGGAAUGGGACACUGAGUGAGGUGGAUGGAUUUUUGAAAAGUGCGGAGGGAAGCUCGGUUAAGGUGCAUUUGCAUCCGGGGUAUCAUUUUUGUAAGGGGUUGCAUUUUAGAUACACCAACGCAACCAAUGAAGCCCUCAAAGAGUUCAACUUCUGCCGCAAGGACGCCGAAUGGGGCGAACGUGCCCUCUACCACAUGAUCGAGAUCUUCCUCAACCCGGACAACGAGACAAUAGGCGGGGAGGCGUUGGAUGCUGCGACGGACGCGGCAGCCGCGGGGAGUAGCGCGAAGGGGAGCGAGGAGGUGUUGGCGGUGUUAACGGCUGAUAAGCUUUUGAAGGAACUGCCGCAGAACCCCAAAUCCCUCCGCACGCAGAUCCUCGAAGGCAACGCUAUGCUCGCCACAAAGCAGAAAGCAGACAUUGAAAGAGCCGUCACUCAUUUUACCGAGAUCCUCACGGUUGAGAAGGAUUACGUCCCUGCGUUACUCGGCCUAGCAACAGCCCACAUGCUCCUCAAACAAUCCCCACGAGCGCGCAACCACCUCAAACGCAUCUCCAAAAUGGACUGGUCCCCGCAGUUCGCCUCCGAAUUCGAGCAAACCUGGCUCCUCCUCGCCGACAUCAACAUCCAAGCCCAGAAAUAUGAGCCCGCAACAACCUACCUCACCCUCCUCCUCACCCACAACAAAUCCUCCGCCCGCGCGCUGGAGUACCUCGGUCUCAUCCACGAGCGGCAAUCGCAGUUCACAGACGCUGCAAGGGUCUACAAUGAUGCGUGGACGCUGGAUGGGAAGAUUAACCCGGCGUUGGGGUAUAAGCUGGCGUUUAAUCUGAUGAAGGUGAAGAAGUUUGUGGAGGCGGUUGAUGUGUGUCAUAGGGUGUUAGGAAUGUACCCGGAGUAUCCGAAGAUGAGGGGGGAGGUGUUGGGGAGGGCGAGGGCUAUGCUGAGGUGUCCGUGAGGUGGGAUGAUAGGGUUAUUAUUGCGGAGAGGGCGGGCCAGUGUGGGAAAGGGAUUUUUUGUACAUAGACAAUACCACCGUUGAUGGAAGAUUUUUGGGUAUUAUCAAUGAAUGUGAAC